UCAUGGAACCAAACGUAUAUAAGUCUUCAGUCCACUAACAGGAGAAGGAACAAGCAGGCAGACGCUUCCUAUGCAGAGGCAAAGACAAAUUAAAUCAUCGGAAAUUGUCGGUUUUUUGGCAGCAUACAGUAGGCCAGAGUACAACAGCUCACAAUACUGUUCCUGCUAUGACAUCAUCCAUGAACUCAAGUUUAAAUUUCAUUGUGCGACCCAUGUCCUUCAUUAUCAGUGGUUUCUCCAGUAUUCCCAAUAUUAAGUACUACUAUGUUUUCCUCAGUUUUAUUUAUACUGCCACAGUGUUGGGAAAUUUAUUUGUCAUGGUAAUAAUCUAUGUAGACCAAAACCUUCACACUCCAAAGUACCUUGCAAUAUUUAACUUGGCAAUGGCUGACUUGGGAGAGAGCACCGCCCUUAUUCCCAAAGUGAUUGAAACCUUCCUUUUUAAUACACAGGAAAUUUCCUAUGGUGCCUGUUUGGCCAACUUGUUUUUUGUAUUUUUGUUCAACUGCAUGCAAUCCAUCACUCUCACUCUCCUGGCAUAUGACAGAUUCGUAGCGAUUUGCGUUCCACUGCGAUAUAACAGCAUCGUCACAAAUACAUCAAUGGCCAUCAUUCUCACGGUGUUGUGGCUGUUUGAUUUAACAAUUAUGAUGGUUAUAGUGGCCUUGAUCACCAGACUGUCUUUCUGUAAAUCCACAGUAAUUGAUAGCUACUUUUGUGACCAUGGGCCAAUGUACAAACUGGCCUGCAAUGACAAUUCUUUAAAUGCAGUGAUGGCAAUAUUUAACAUAGUGACAUUCAUUUUUCUUCCAUUGACAUUGAUUGGACUGUCAUAUGCAUGUAUUUUGGUGUCGCUUUUUAAAAUUGCAUCAUGGGAGGGACGUCUAAAGGCUUUAAAGACCUGUUUCUCUCACCUGAUAUUGGUGUUGAUAUUUUAUAUUCCGUUAGUUAGUACCUAUAUAGCUGCCAUGGCCACCUCCAUCCACCGUGAUGUCAGGAUAAUUAAUACAUCACUAUCAUACGCCAUUCCCCCCAUGUUGAACCCCAUUGUAUAUUCUCUGAACACUGCAGAGAUCAAGGACUUUGUAAGGAAAAUGUUCAGAAGGAAGACGCACAGUGUUAUUGGCACUGCAUCUCAGAAAUAAUCAGAUGGAGGGGAAACUGAAAUCAGAUCCAUUUUAUGCCUGGCCAGUUAGUGGUUCAGUACUGCCUUUUUGGUUUUCUAGGGUUAGUUUUUAUUUUUUGGUGAAUAUGAUCGUUAUUAAAAUCAUAUGUAGUAUAUGGGCCUGAAAGAGCGUAGAGUAAAAUAUAUCAGAUUGGGAUUACGAAACUUAGAUUUGCAUACACCAAUAAGUAAGGAAAUAAGCCAAGAGAAAAGUUUCAUUAUAAGAUACCUAAAAUGUUAAACUUGGGAUGUAUCUUUUAAGAAUUGCUACAUUAUCAGAAAUCAUACCAAAAUGAAAAUAUACUUUUUCACUUCUUAUUUACAAAUAUAUUGAUAUUGAUAUAUUGAUUAAUUGUGCUUCAUUGGGGGUGGGAGGGGUGUUGCAGUGGUUAGAACUGUUGCUUUGUACCUUUAGGGCUGGGGUUCGAACUUUAUGUGUGUGGAGUUUGCAUGUUCUCCCCAUGUCGUCAUGGGAAUCCUCUUGUUUUCCUCCCACAGUCCAAAAACAUGUUAAGGUAAAUUGCAGUUGCCAAACUGCCCAUGGGCAUGAAUGGUGUGUGUGCCCUGCGAUGGGUCGCCACUCCAUUCCUGGGUUUUCCCUGCCUUGCGUCCAUAUCCAUGCAGUCCUGCAUAGCAGAGGGACAGAUGGGUGGAUGAAUUACAUUACUAUUAAAACAAAAACAACUAUCUGCUAUUAAGGCUGUAUUUUUUUAUCUAGAUUUUUUUAUUUUGGAUACAGCACUUCUUUACAGCCUAUUUCAACAUGAACUUUACAUUAUAAUUUUUUAAUAAAUCAUUUUUUAAAUGCAUAUGCAUUUUCAUGUGCUUUAACAACACCCUGUUUCAUGAUACAGGCCCCAGGUGAUUAAAAAAAAAGCUUAGAAAACAUGAAUAAAAUGACUGAAAAGUAUGGAGUUAUAUUUGUGCCACUAUUUUGAGAGAGCAAGUUUAUAGUUUGAUUGAGCAAUUUUAGAUUUUGAGCAAACAUAAAUCUAUUUUGUGCACAAAAACACAGAACUAUAGCUUUACAUUUGCUCUGUGAGUGUCUCUAUUGGUCUCAGGAAAUCCUACUGGUUUCCAACCCCAGUUUGAACAAUAGCAUUGUGCUUGUACCAAAAAAAAAGUUUUUUUUAAUUUUCUAUUCUGAUUCAAAUGUAUGUCUUCCAAUGUGAAAAAAGAUGUUUGUUAAAAACUAGGAGUGAGCUAUUUAUGUUCUGCAAAGCUGAUGUGGCAGUUCCAUUUCUGUAACCAUCAUGUUGCUUGUUCUGACAAUGUGUAUAAUAAUGAGAUACAUAUAUUUCUCAACAAUUGUGAAAUAAAAUUGUGAUCUCAGUUCAGAAUGAAACUGAACUGAUUUGUGCACUGAAUGCCCUAACAGUUCAGCAAUUAAAAAAAAAAAGUUAAUGUAACUGACAGAUCAUCGUUACAUGUAAGCAACAGUGGCUUGCAUUUUCUGUUACACUAUAAUGCUUUU